AUGGAGAGAAAAGAUGAAGUGGUAGUUGGUGUACCGGUGCCGGUGGUGCGGGCCUAUUACGGUGGGGAAAACGAAUACCAAAGAGGAGUGAUCCCUCCUAACGCGGUGGUGGGAGAUCCCAAGGGCAUCCCCAUCCACCAGACCAUUUACAGGGACACUCCUGCUCCGUUCAACUGCCCUUACUGUGGUAGCACCGCUCUCACUAACGUCAGAUCAAAGCCUAGUUUGGCAGCAUUUGUUGGAUGCUUGAUGCCCAUGAUGCUUGGAGUUUGCUUUCUUUGCCCCUCAAUGGACUGCCUUUGGCAUAAAUAUCACUAUUGUCCUAAAUGUCAAGAAAAGGUUGCUGACUUUGAGAAAUCAGAUCCCUGUGCUGUCAUGGAUCCGCCACACUGGUCUCAGGAGAGCUUUGCAUUGUCUGGAUAG